AUGACUUUCACCAGGGUGCUACACGUCGCAGCUCUGUUCCUGAUGCAAGGGGAUUUUCCAGGAGCUGGCAGUGAAGUUGUAACUCUAAAGGAAGGAGAGGACCUAAACCUGAACUGCACCCUCAGCACCGACAACAGUUCUGCCCUGCAGUGGUUAAACCCUCAUGGGUUUGCCAUUUUUCUCAACAACCAGAGGGCUCUAAGAGACCAGAGAUACAAACUCCUCCAUCAUUCAACAGAUGAAUUAUCCAUCCAGCUGUCCAAUAUCACGGUGCAGGAUGAAGGGGUAUACAAAUGCUUCUGCUAUGGCACCCCAUUUAAAAGCAAGAACAAGACUGUGGAGGUAUUAGCUGCUCCUUCUCAUCCUGUACUGGAAGUAUCCCAAGACACAGAAAGAAGCAUUACACUCUCUUGCUAUACCCAAGGAUGUAAACCACAGCCCCAGAUUACCUGGCUGUUGGACAAUGGGAUAGAGCUCCCAGGUGACACUAAGCACAAGUUAGAAGCUGAUGGGAAGAAAUGGACCACAACCAGCACCCUGACAGUCCUGGCUUAUGGGCCCAAUUCCACAGCCAGCUGCGCCGUUCGCCACCCAGCACUGAGAGAAGAGAAGCUGAUGUCAUCUUUCCUGUUUGAGAACCUCCCUAGGACAGUGACAAAACCAAAUCCUGCAUCAGCUGCACCAGAGGUGGACACACAUGUCCCUGAGACUGAGCAGCCUACAGGGCCUGAAGUAACACCACCUGCAGCAGGAAAGGAAGGACUGGCUGGUUCAUCAACUUAUCAUGUCCCAAACGGGACUGAAGCAGCAUUCAAUGGCAACGUCACAGAAGAGGAACUUUCCAAGACAGAAGCCCCACUCCCAAGUGAAAAUGUGACUGUGAUUUCCAUCACCUUUGAGGAAGAUCCGAAAUCUGAAGGCAUCAAAAAGAAGGAGAAGAAUCUCUUGCUGCCCAUCUUGGUGGCUGCUCUGAUUUUUGCACUGCUUAUCAUUGUCCUGCUUUUUAUGAGGAAGCUGAAAAAAGCUCAUGGAGUGUGGAAGAGAGAAAAUGAUGUCUCAGAGCAGACACUGGAGAGUUACAAAUCCAGAUCUAAUGAAGACUGCCCAGGCCAUGAGAAGAACGGACAUGCUGUCAGUCAGAAACCCAGCAUGCAGUACGUGACAGAAGGCUGCAUGGAAACUACCCAGAAGCCUCCAAGAGACAAAAACAUUGCAACAAGAGAGAAACUGUUUGGGUGUGGAAAGGAAACAGAUGUAUAG